CAUAUUUUAUCUUUCUUCCUUAAUAAACACUUGCUCUGCUCACCACAUUCAGUUCAUUUCUUACGAUUUGGAAUAGUGUCAACACAACUCACGGUCAUCCAAUUCCAAGAAUAGAGCUUUACAAGGCAGCAGCUUCGAAACGAGAGGAAUAUUCAGAAAGGGAAAGCAAAUGUAAGGGGGAGAUAACAGAGAGGCGCAUAUAAAGAAGAAAAGAAAUGGAAAAUUGGAGUAGUUGGCGGUGAAGAACAAGAGUUUUCCUCAUUCUUAGUUUGUCUCACACCAAAGAGAUGUAAUUGUACCUAGUACAAGAAAAUCAAGGUCAAAGCAUGGAGGCUGUGUCAUCCGCACUACUAGAGCCAGUAACUAAUUCUGUGUUGGAUCUGCUUAAAAAGCAAGUGGAUUACAUCCGUUACAGGCGAAACUUUGAUGAAGUAGACGAGUGUGUUAAGCAACUUAAACUUGAAAAGGCGAGAGUAGAUCAUCAAUGUGACGAAGCUGUCAAAAAUGGACACAAAAUUGAAGGUAAGGCUAGAGAAUGGUUAGGGAAAGUGGGUAAAUUUGAGACAGAAGUGGAGAAGUAUUGGAACGAUGAUGGCCACAAAAAGACACGGUUUUCCAAUUGUUUAUUUCCUUACUUUAGGCAUAGACUAGGCAGACUAGCAAAGAAGAUGGCAGUUGAGGGUAAAAAGAUAACCGACGAUUGCCCCAAGUCUGCUGAAAUUGCCUAUCGGGUAAACGUAACAUCUAAUGAUGCCAUUUUGUCUAAUACUGACCUUAUGGAUUUUGGUUCUAGAAAAUCCAUAAUGGAACAAAUAAUGGCAACACUUGAAGAUCCCACUGUGAAAAUGAUUGGAGUGCAUGGGCCAGGUGGGGUGGGUAAGAGCACUUUAAUCAAAGCAAUUGCUGAAAUUGCUCGCGACAAGAAGUUGUUUAAUGUGGUGGCUUUUUCAGAAAUAACAGUCAACCCCAAUCUGAAAAAAGUCCAGGAAGAUAUUGCUUACGUGUUGGGAUUGAGAUUGGAAGGAGAAGGUGAGAAUGUAAGAGCUGAUCAUCUACGGAGGAGGUUAAAGAAAGAGAAGGAGAACACCCUCAUAAUCUUGGAUGACCUUUGGGACAGAUUAGACUUGAAUAGGAUGGGGAUUCCACUUGAUGGUGAUGUUGAUGAUAAUGAUAAACAGGGUCUCAAAGGACCGACAAAAGAAAAAUCUCUUGGUGAUUAUAAGGGCUGCAAAAUUUUGCUAACUUCAAGGAAUAAAAACGUAUUAACUGAUAAAAUGGAAGUUAAGUCAACUUUCUGUGUAGAGGAAUUAGAUGAAAAGGAUGCUCUGAAGUUGUUUCGGAAGGAGGCUAGAAUACAGGGUGAAAUGUCCCAGUGGAAACAAGAAAUUGUUAAGAAGUACUGUGCUGGGUUACCUAUGGCAAUAGUUACAGUUGGAAGGGCAUUAAGAGACAAGAGCGACUCAGAGUGGGAAAAACUUAAAAAGCAAGACCUGGUGGGAAUUCAGAAUUCUAUGGAGAUUUCUGUAAAAAUGAGUUAUGACCGUCUAGAAAAUGAGGAGCUUAAAUCCAUUUUCUUUCUUUGUGCUCAAAUGGGUCAUCAACCCCUAAUUAUGGACUUGGUGAAGUAUUGCUUUGGUUUGGGAAUACUUGAAGGGGUCUACUCGCUUGGGGAAGCUCGGGGCAGAAUAUCUACAUCAAUCCAAAAGUUGAAAAACUCAGGUUUAGUGUUGGAUGGAAGUUCUAGUAUUCAUUUCAAUAUGCAUGAUCUGGUUCGAGAUGCUGCUUUAUCUAUAGCACAGAAGGAGCAAAAUGUAUUUACUUUGAGAAAUGGGAAACUUGAUGAUUGGCCUGAACUCGAGAAGUGCACUUCUAUUUCUAUAUGCAACAGUGAUAUCAUUGAUGAGCUUCCAGAAGAAAUAAAUUGUCCUCAACUUAAAUUUUUCCAAAUUGACAGUGAUGAUUCAUCUUUAAAAAUACCUAACAGUUUUUUUAAAGGAAUGAAAAAGCUCAAAGUAUUAAUGUUGACUGGUAUUCAACUAUCAAGCUUACCAUCUUCAAUUGAAAGCCUAUCAGACCUCAGAUUGCUUUAUUUGGAGAGAUGCACCUUAGAUCACAACUUAUCAAUCAUAGGGAAGCUAAAAAAAUUAAGAAUUCUCAGCCUUUCUGGAUCUCGAAUUGAAAAUUUGCCAACUGAGUUAAAGGACUUGGAUAAACUACAAUUACUAGACAUCAGCAAUUGUUCAAUAGUCACCAUGAUUCCACCUAAUCUUGUAUCAAGGUUGACUUUGUUGGAAGAGCUGUAUGUAAGAAAGUGCUUCAUGGAAGUGUCGGAGGAAGGAGAGAGAAACCAAAGUCAAAUUUCAUUUAUUUCUGAACUAAAGCAUUUGCAUCAAUUGCAAGUGGUGGACUUAAGCAUUCCAUGUGCUGAAGUUUUUCCCAAGGAAUUGUUCUUUGACAACUUAAGUGAUUACAAGAUUGAGAUUGGGAACUUCAAAACGCUUUCAGCUGGAGAUUUCAGAAUGCCUAAUAAGUAUGAAAAGUUCAAGUCUUUGGCAUUGGAGCUGAAGGAUGACACUGACAAUAUUCACUCUCAGAAAGGAAUAAAGUUGUUGUUUAAAAGAGUUGAAAAUUUGUUGUUGGGAGAGCUGAAUGGUGUUCAAGAUGUUAUUAAUGAGUUGAAUUUGGAUGGAUUUCCACAUCUGAAACACUUAUCCAUCAUAAACAACCCUAGCAUCAAAUAUAUCAUCAACUCAAAGGAUUUGUUUUAUCCUCAGGAUGUUUUUUCCAAGUUGGAAUCUCUAUGUCUCUACGAACUAAGAAAGAUAGAGAUGAUAUACUUUAGUUCAGGUACAGAGAUUAUAUGCUUUAGUCCAUUUACAGAUUGCUCAUUCACCAAAUUAAAAACCAUCAAGGUCAAGAAGUGUGACCAAUUGAAGAAUCUUUUCUCCUUUUGCAUGGUAAAAUUGCUUGCGAGUCUUGAAACAAUUGGUGUUUCCAAUUGUGGUUCUUUAGAGGAGAUCAUUAAAAUACCUGACAAUUCUGAUAAGAUUGAGUUUCUUAAGUUGAUGUCUUUGUCACUUGAAUCAUUAUCAUCAUUCACUAGUUUUUAUACCACAGUAGAGGGGUCUUCUACAAACAGGGAUCAGAUACAAAUUACUGUUACAGAGAAUGAGCAUAGUGAGAUGGCUCCUCCUCUUUUUGGUGAACUGGUUGAAAUACCAAACUUAGAGAACUUGAAUUUAAUCUCAAUGAACAAGAUCCAGAAGAUAUGGAGCGACCAGCCCCUGUCAAACUUCUGCUUUCAAAACUUAAUAAAAUUAGUUGUGGAUGAUUGUGAUAAUUUGAGAUAUUUGUGUUCAAUGUCCGUGGCCAGCAGUUUGAGGAAACUGAAAGGCCUGUUUGUAAGCAAGUGUAAAAUGAUGGAGAAGAUUUUUAGCACAGAAGGAAAUAGUGCAGGCAAGGUCUGCGUCUUUCCUAAGUUGGAGGAAAUCCAUCUCGAAGGAAUGGUUGAGUUAACAGACAUAUGGCAAGCUGAAGUGAGUGCUGAUUCCUUUUCUAGUGUCACUUCUGUGAACAUUGAUAGUUGCAAUAAACUAGACAAAAUUUUUCCGAGUCACAUGGAAGGAUGGUUUGCGAGUUUGAACAGCUUGAAGGUUUAUUAUUGUCAGUCAGUGAAAGUGAUUUUUGAAAUCAAAGAUUCUCAGCAAGCAGAUGCAUCUGGUGGGAUAGACACAAAUUUACAGGUUGUUGAUGUAUGUGGACUCCCAAAGUUGGAGCGGGUGUGGAGCAGGGAUCCAGGAGGAAUUCUUAACUUCAAAAAACUGCAGAGUAUACAUGUGUUUUCUUGUCAUAGACUGAGGAAUGUAUUUCCAGCUUCUGUGGCUAAAGAUGUUCCAAAGCUUGAAAAUAUGUCGGUCAGACGGUGUGAUGGAAUUGUGGAAAUUGUUGCCUGUGAAGAUGGAUCCGAAACAAACACUGAACAAUUAGUGUUUCCUGAACUAACCUACAUGGACCUAUAUGAGCUAUCAAGCAUCCAACAUUUCUACAGGGGGAGACAUCCUAUAGAGUGUCCAAAAUUGAAGAAGUUGUCAGUAGGGAAAUGUAACGAGAAGCUAAAAACAUUCGGAACCGGAGAAAGGAGCAAUGAAGAAGAUGAAGCAGUUAUGUCAGCUGAAAAGAUAUUCCCCAAUUUGGAGUUUUUGGAUAUUGACUUUGACGAAGCACAGAAGUGGUUAUUGAGCAACACUGUGAAGCAUCCAAUGCACCGUUUAAAAGGGCUUAGGUUAAGUGAAGUUAAUGAUGGUGAACGUCUCUGUCAGAUUCUGUACAGAAUGCCAAAUCUAGAAAAGUUACACUUGUGGUACGCUGAACAUUUGCUUAAAGAGUCGUCCGAGUCACGUUUGGGAACCGUAUUACAGCUGAAGGAAUUGUUUUUGAUUUCGUCAGAGAUAAAGGAUAUAGGAUUUGAACGAGAACCAGUUCUACAGAGACUAGAGCUUUUGAGCUUAUAUUGGUGCCACAAAUUGAGGAAUUUGGCUCCUCCCUCGGUAUCAUUGGCUUACUUGACAAAUUUGGAAGUAGUGCAAUGUGUAGGAUUAAGGAAUUUAAUGGCAUCCUCAACGGCAAAAAGCUUGGUUCAACUUAAGUCCAUGAAGAUAAACGGAUGUCAUGAAUUAGAGGAAAUAGUAAGCAAUGAGGGAAAUGAAGAAGCAGAGCAAAUAGUGUUUGGCAAAUUGAUUACUAUAGAACUUGAGGGGCUAAUAAAGCUGAAAAGUUUUUGCAGUUACAAGAACUAUGAAUUCAAAUUCCCGUCAUUGGAAGUAUUGAUUGUGAGAUAUUGCGGAAUGAUGGAAAGAUUCGCGGAGGGUGGCGCAAGAGCAGCAAAGUUAGAAAACAUAGUUAGUGCUAAUGAAGAAGGAAAAGAGGAAGCCAAAUGGCAGUGGGAAGGAGACUUGAAUGCCACCAUACAAAAAGUUUGGGAAGAUAAGUUUUUGGAGUCUGCAAGUACUGAAUCAUAUCUUAGUCUCAGAGAUAGCCCACUACAAGUGAUAUGGCUUGACUCACGGCGGAUCCCAAAGUGGUGCUUCAGUAACUUGAAGUCUUUGACUGUGGACGGAUGCCAAUUUUUAACAGAUGUUGUCAUACCCUUCUAUUUACUUCCUUUCUUAACUAAUUUGGAAAAAUUAAAAGUCCGAAAGUGUGGUUCUGUGAAAAGCAUAUUUGACGUGAAAACAGCUAUGGGAUUGGGAGCAGCAGCCUUCCCUAGACCUCUCCCUUUUCCCUCAAGAAAUUGACUUUAGAGAGGCUGCCAAAACUGGAGAAUGUCUGGAAUGAAGAUCCUCAUGGAAUUCUAACCAUGCAACUUCUACAACAUGUUAUUGUU